AUGGGGUACCCUAUCAAACCGAUGUUGUCGAAGUCUUGUGAGGCAAUGAAUUCACUUAUUCGCACUGCUUCACUAACAGAUCCAACAACUACGACUACAAGCUCAACUACAACUACGACAACAACUACACCGACUACCACUACCUCGAUUGCUACAACGACCACUACUCCAACGACUACUACAUCAACGACAACUACUCCAAUAACUACUACAACGACCACUACACCGACGACCACUACACCAACAACCACUACACGGACGACCACUACUCCAACGACUACUACAUCAACGACCACUACAUCAACCACAACAACAACGACCACUACACCGACCACUACUCCAACGACUACUACUUCAACGACCACUACACCAACAACCACUGCGACAAGUCUGACAAUAACAGCGUCGACUACAACGAUACCAUCUACCACAGCUGACACAUCUACUGUAACCACGACCUCUACUCCAACACAGACCUCCCUGAUUCCAAGCACUUCUUCUACCAAAACGACUCCUACAACAACCAACAGCAGAACAACAUCCAUUUCAACUACUUCUCCAACUGUAGCUACUACAUCUGCUACGACUUCUGAUCUGACCACCACGAUGACGCCUACUUCCACAACGACGCACACACCGACUACUGUCACAACCCAGAGACAAACGACGUCAGCAAACGUCAAUCCCUCGCGUACCAUAGAAACAGUUUGUACAUGUUUCUGUAAGUCAAAAGAUAGACUUGAAGUUGUAACUAAAGAAGCUGUAAACGAAAAACAAGAAAAACUAAAAAGGCAUCUCCUCGUUGAUAAAACAAAACUCACCCAGACCAUCGCCAGAUACACAAGUGCUGCAGACCACCGGCCAUCUUCUUCAGGUAUGGGUGUCACGUGGUUUGCCGUCGUCCUGAUCCCGUUAGGUCUCAUGAUAAUCUCGGACAUCUCAGCUAUGUGCCAGAUACUUAUCAACAAAUAUCAAACAGGCUGACUGCACUGCCUGACACUGUCUUCCUUUGUAGUUCAGCUCUUGUUGGCGAUACUUGGGGUUGUAACGAUUCAUCGAAAUAUCGGGGCAUCGUGCUCUUUCUGUCUUUCAUGCGCGCAUCCUAUUAAUAUGGUGUUUAGAUACAAAAUAGUAUAAUAUAAUAUUGUCUGGUAAUUGUAUCCCAGAUAAUUGUAUACCAAAAGAUGUAAAAAAAAGAUGGUACUUUGUUACGACGUAAAUUGUAAUAACGCGGUAAAUUGUAAUAAACUCCGGUAAAAUGUAACAACACUGCGGUAAAAUGUAAUAACACUGCGGUAAAUCGUAAUACAUACUGCGGUAAAUUGUAAUAACUUCACUGCGGUAAAUUGUCAUAAAAACUGCGGCAAAUUGUAAUAACCACUGCGGUAAAUUGUAAUAAAAGAUUAUUGUUUUGCAAAUAUACAAAGAAACAUGCAUGAAGUUUAAAAUGUGCGUCCAAGCUGUUUGGAAAUCACAUUCCGGACUUUGUAACGACUGAUUGAUAAAUGCUAAUGUACAUUUAAUUCUUGAUAUUUGUA